AAGAUGUCUUGCUACGACCUGUGCCCACCAAGAACCGGCGUUGCCGUCCCCCAGCCCAUCGCUGAGAGCUGCAACGAGCUGUGCGCCCGCCAGUGCCCCGACUCUUCAGCCUUCAUCCAGCCACCGCCUGUGGUUGUCACCUUCCCCGGCCCCAUCCUCAGCUCCUUCCCCCAGCAAGCCGUGGUGGGCUCCUCCGGAGCACCCGCCUUUGGGGGCAACCUGGGGCUGGGAGGCCUCUACGGUGCUGGGGCCACUCAGGCCUCGGGGGGCCUCUGCACCUUUGGCAGACCCUAUGCUCCUGCCACCUGCAGCCCUCUGGCUCUGCCCCGCUACAGCCAGAGGCUGUGGGACACCCGUGGGUCCUGCUAGAACCAGGCCAUGCCCACCAACAUCUCUGCAGGAGUGACAUGGCUGGCACAAGGCACUGAGGAGUGAUGAGCAUCCCCUUCCCCAUCCAAGGCCUUGAUAGCUGGCAGUGCCACGCACAUUCUGCUCAUCUCUGUUCUCUUCUGCUGCCGCCUGUUCUCCUC